AUAUCCGAUCGACUUGUUGAUAAUUGGUAAAUAAGGGUUGGACGAGAAAUGUUUUGGGAGUAACGAUAACAACGUCCAUCACAAUCUUGUUGAAAUAAAUAUCCAGUACGUUUAUAUGUAUGUAUCAACGGAUAAAAUUUUAGGACAAAUUGUACUCAAAAAUGGGGAAUACACAAAAGGCCCACCUUUUACUUCUUCUUGGUUUCGCCCUUUUCUUUAUCUCAGCUGCGCAACCAUCUCCUCCACCGCCUUCUCCAAAAUCAAAUGAAUGUGAAGACGGCUUGUAUUACUGUCCAGAACAUCAAACAUGCUGCUGUGGUGUAGAUUUCUAUGGCAUGUGUUUAGUUCAUGGUUGCUGUCCUCUUGAAAAUGGUGUUUGCUGUGAGGGAUCAAAUUUGUGCUGCCCAACUGACUUUCCAUUUUGUGAUGUUUUACAAGGCACAUGCCACAAGGACUAUUGGAGACAAAAUUGGAGUUGCUGCAAGGAAGAGAAGAAUGUCCAAAUUCAAGCUACCAUGGAGUACUAGUGGUACUAAGGGAAUAAAAGAAAUGGACCAAACUCUCCGAUGGAACAGGAAUCAGUUUCCUGCAGUGCGCUGAAAGAAAUUACUAAGUUAUUAUAACAUUUAUCAUCCCAAUGGCCACUUUUAGUGUCUUUAUCGGGAUCUUGUUGUCUAAUAAAGAUUGUAGAAAAAUAUAUACAAUUCAAAAGAAAAAUAAUGUACAAAAA